AAGGUUUAUGCUUGCAUAGGUGUGAGGCCUUAUGGGUUCAAGCUUUUGAGAGUUUUUGUCUAUUUCUUGGGUUUUGCUUGCUUCUUAUUUUCUUUAUCUUUGUCACAUUUUUUGCGUUCGUUAAAAUGAGUUAUUUGGGGGUUGGUGUUAGUCCUGGAAAUGUUGCAGUAUAUCAUGGCACUAAUGUGAAGGUGAUAGACAGGAGAGUUAGGCUUGCUGAGCUUGUUUUGAGGUGUGUCACCUGUGGCUUAGGAGUUCUUGCUGCUGUUCUUGUUGCUACUGAUACCCAAGUUAAAGAAAUCUUUUCAAUCCAAAAGAAAGCGAGAUAUACUGAUAUGAAAGCUCUUGUAUUUUUGGUGAUUGCAAAUGGAAUAGUUGCUGCCUAUUCUUUGGUUCAAGGGGUAAGAUGUGUUGUGGGUAUGAUUAGAGGAAGUGUGCUCUUCAACAAGCCCUUAGCAUGGGCCAUCUUCUCCGGAGAUCAGGUGAUGGCGUACUUGACAGUGGCAGCUGUUGCAGCUGCUGCACAAUCUGCAGCAUUUGCAAAGUUGGGACAACCUGAACUACAAUGGAUGAAGAUAUGCGAUAUGUAUGGAAAAUUCUGCAACCAAGUUGGGGAGGGAAUAGCAAGUGCUUUUUUCGUUGGUCUUAGCACGGUCGUUCUGUCUUGUCUCUCUGCUUUCAGCCUCUUUCGUUUGUAUGGGGCAAACAAGGGCAAGGAUUGUGUAAGAUGGUAGGCUUCAUCUAGUAACUGACGAGUUCCUUGCUCUGUGUAUGAUCCACUAAAAGUUAUGUAUAAGAUGAUGGCUUUGUCACUGUAAGAUGAAGAAAAUAGUGCAACUUUAAGACUGCCAUGUUAAACAAUAAAUCAAGCUUGUAUUUUGUUGUUAAAUCUGUAGAUUUGUGCUUUUAACAUGCCUUUUUUAUCUAAAUUGUUAAGAGGUGGAAUAGCUAUUUGAGCUUUCAUUAGCAAGCUUGAAAUUUUAUAUUGGUGUAAGGUAUGAAUAGCAAUCAUUCUGACUGUGAUAUGCAUUUA